AUGGGGUUGAGCAAUGCAGUGCCCGGCAGAGAGAGAACGAGGGCGGGUGGCAUCACCCUGGACUUAAGAUUGUACGGCACCCAGCGCGGAGCAGAGCCGCAAUACCUCGAGCUCGAAGUACCGGAUACCCGCCAGGAGGCAGGCAGCCCCUGCUCGGAAUCCGGUGAAGGUCGCCUAGUGGUCUUAUUGGACGAGCAGGCGACGGCCUCUCAGGGGUUGUGGACGCCUGGGAGGUCUGGAGUGGAUGCAGAUGCAGAUGCAGGGCCACGAGCUGACCUCCAGACGGGCGCCCAGCUGCGCUGCGCUGCCCACCUUACAAUCGAUGUGCUUUCCCCACCCAUAACAGCACAUAGCGCUCCUUUGAAUGGGAGACAGGCACCCAAGUAUCUCGAUGCCUAUCUCGAAGGAGCGGCGUCCAUGGGCGGGCAGGGCUUGGCGGGGAGUGGUGUGGUAGAGGUGGAUGUGAUCAAAUCUUGA